AUUUGGCAAAACUGUAGUUCAUUUAUGCUAAAUAUCUUAUUUAAAACUUAUUACUAUUGACAAGUGACAGUGACGUUUACCUUUCGACGACAUCUGCUGUUUGUUGUAAAAAUGAAAACGUGAUAAGAUAAAAAUAAAAAUCGAAACCAAAACCAAAUAAUCAAAAUGGUUUCACUUUUUGAAAAUUAUGAACAGCAAUAUUCAGUGUUAACAGCGGAUAUAACCGCUCAAGUUGGCCUCCUGACAGCUUCAGCGACUAAAGACCGCCGACAGCUCAUCUCAAAUAUAGAAAAACAUCUCGAAGAGGCACAAGAACUGUUGGAGCUGAUGGAUCUGGAGGCCAUGGAAUUGGAACAGUCAAAGAAACAAAGAUGCAGGACGAAGUGUGAUUGUUACCGAGCCGAACUAAAAAGACUGACCUUGGAUUAUAUAAAGGCUAGAUCAGUCAAACAAGGAAUAUUGUAUGACAGUUCAGAAGAUUUAAAUGAUAUUAGAAUAUCCACAGAUCAAAAACAAAGACUUUUAGAUAAUUCAGAAAAAUUAGAAAGGACGAGUAAGAAACUGGAAGAAGGAUAUAGGGUUAUAGUAGAAACGGAGGAAAUCGGGAUUGAUGUGUUGAAAAAUUUAGGUGAACAAAAGGAAAGUAUUCAGAGGAGUAGGCAGAGGCUAAGAGAAGCCGAUGAAGAAUUAGGAAGGUCAGGGAGACUGAUGAAUUCAAUGAUCAUGAGAACACUUCAACAGAAAGUUGUGAUGUACACAAUCUGUGCCUGUUUUGUUGUAGCCAUAUGCUUGGGAGUUUAUUUGGGAGUCAGAAGGAGCUAAGGAAUACCCAGAUAAAGUACAGUCGGUACAGUAUAAAUCCAUAUGCACGUCAUUAUUUACGUCAUAGAUCAAGUUGACAUUGUUGCCAAAUUUUAAAAAAUCCUGAAUUCAUUUUUGUUCAUAAGUAUCACAUAAUUGUUGCAGGAGUGGAUUAUAGCAAAGAGCUAUAUAAUAUCAAAUAUAAAUAAAAAUUUAAAAUCCCUUUUAAGGGAUUUUAAAUAUACCUUUUAUACAGGAUUUGCUGUUUUUUGUAUUACACGGUAUACAGCCAACUACAGGAAAACUUUUUCCUUGUGGAUUUUUAAAUAUAAAUAUAUUAUACCGGGUGUCCACUUAUAUUUUCCAUCAUCAUUUACAACAUCAUCAUUUUAACUGCCUAUAACUUCCAAACGGCUCAAGAUAGAAAUAUGCGGUUUUCGCUGAAAUGUUUUAUUUUAGUAAAAGUUUUGUCUGAAUGGAUUCAAUUUUUUAUAUCGCUUUCAAAUACGAAAAAAGAAUGGCGGAUUAUUGAAAAAAACGUUAUUGACUUUUUUUAAUGGAACACCCAGUAUAUUUUUUUAUAAAUUAAAAGAAAGGUCAUUCACCUAUCCAGCAAUAUAAAAUUUUUCAAAAUCGGUUGUCAAAUCACUGAGUAAUUAAUGUUUAAAAUGAGAGGUGAACGUGGAUAUCACAUACCUAAUAAAUAACAUAACUGAGCAAAAUGAUAUUAUGUUAUGUGAUUUCCACAUUGCAUCUCUCAUUUUAAAAAUUAAUUGCUCAGUCAUUUGGCAACCGAUUUUAAAAAUUUUUAUAUCGCUGGAUAGGUAAAUGAUCGUUUUUUUUUUCAAAAAUCGGCCAUUUUUUAUUUAAAAGCGAUAUGAAAAAUGGUCAUUUACCGAAAAACUUGAAAAAACGGUCAUUUAUCUAUCCAGCAAUAUAAUUUUUUUUAAAAUCGGGUGUCACAUGACUGAGCAAUUAAUUUUUAAAAUGAGAGAUGCAAUGUGGAAAUCACAUAACUUGGUUAGUUACAGUGCCGCGCCAGCACGUGUUAGCGCCUGUGUGCAAAACAUUUAAGGGCGCCCAAAAAUAUGCAUUUUAUUUUAAAAUCGUCUCGAAAUUAAACAAUGUGAAUAAAAAUGAACAAUUAUUUAUUGUAACCAAACAAAAAUAACUAAAAAUUCUCAUACAUGCAAAGGAAAAUAAACUAAGUAAAAAUAAAUCUUUGGCAUAUCAACAUAAAAAACUAAAGAUACAGGUAAACAUUAAAAUAAAUAUCUAUUUCAGAAAAAAUUCACUUUUCAUACCUUCAGUUCGGAAAAUCUUUUUAUAACAUGGUGAAUAUCAUCUAAUAUUGACGACUCUAUAGAAAUAGAUAAAUUUGUCAACCGCUCUUGACUAAUGGUAGAUCUUAAAUAAUGUUUUAUAAGUUUCAGCUUAGAAAGAGAUUCAGCAGUGGCAACAGAUAUGGGCAGAAUGAGAAGAGCUGUGGUUAAAUUUGGGUAAACUUAAGUUAUUUCAAGUAUUAUUCCAGUUCUCAAUACAAAUAUCAUUUCAGAGAUGCAGAGACAUAAAUUGCCACAUACACGCAUGUCGGUUGAUUACGAGAUAGCGUUUGAUCGGAUACAGCAUGCCAAAAUAAUGUAAAUACUAAAAGAAGCAGAAAUAAACAACAAAGAUCUGAAAAUACAUGCAUACAUAUAUAAUCGAUGUUCCUCUUAUAUCGGUUAGUGUCGAGGUGUCUUCUUUACUCUUUAUUCUCUGCGGACUUACGUCGCCUUUUUCUGUUUUGAAAUUUUUUGAAAAAAAAAUGGAUUUUUGAAAAAAAAAACGUUGACUUUAAUGGAACACCCAGUAUAUUUUUUUUGUAAAUUUAAAGAAAUGUCAUUCACCUAACCAGCGAUAUAAAGUUUUUUAAAAUCGCUUGUUAAAUCACUGAGCAAUUAAUUUUUAAAAUGACAGGUGCGACGUGGAUAUCACAUACCUAAAUAACAUAACUAAGCAAAUUGAUAUUAUGUUAUGUGAUUUCCACAUUGCAUCUUUCAUUUUAAAAAUUAAUUGCUCAGUCAUUUGACAACCGAUUUAAAAAAAUUUUACUGGAUAGGUAAAUGACCGUUUUUAUAUCGCUUUUAAAUAAAAAUGGCGGAUUUUUGAAAAAAAAAACGUUGACUUUUUUUAUUAAAACACCCAGUAUAUUUUUUUAUAACUUAAAUGACUAAACGGUCAUUUACCUAUCCAGCGAUAUAAAAAUUUUUAAAAUCGGUUGUCAAAUGACCGAGCAAUUAAUUUUUAAAAUGAGAGAUGCAAUGUGGAAAUCACAUAACAUAAUAUCCUUUUGCUUAGUUAUGUUAUUUACAUAUGUAUGUGAUAUCCACGUCGCACCUGUCAUUUUAAAAAUUAAUUGCUCAGUGAUUUAACAAGCGAUUUUAAAAAACUUUAUAUCGCUGGUUAGGUGAAUGACAUUUCUUUAAAUUUACAAAAAAAUAUACUGGGUGUUCCAUUAAAAAAAACUCAACAACGUUUUUUUCAAAAAUCCGCCAUUUUUUUUCGUAUUUGAAAGCGAUAUAAAAAAUUCAAUCCAUUCAGACAAAACUUUUACUAAAAUAAAACAUUUCAGCAAAAACCGCAUAUUUCUAUCUUGAGCCGUUUAGAAGUUAUAGGCAGUUAAAAUGGGGGAAAAUAUAAGUGGACACCCGGUAUAAUAUACAUGUAAUUUAAUUAUAUAUUUCAUAUUUUUAUAUUUAUAUUUUACUUAUAAUAGUAAAAAUUAAAAACAAAUCUGAUCUGAAGUGUCAACACCGCAACUGUCCAAUAAGUGAUACCCAUUUAUGCGAAAAUAUCAUAUUCGUUCGAUUGCAGUUAAAGUGUGAUCCAGACAAAUUUGCUUCAUAAAAACGGUUUAUAAUCCACUUAUACUAAUUAAAUGAAACAAGUUAUGGUGUAUUUCUUUAAGUUUACUUCAAUAGAAAUCUUCACGUAUUAUUUCUACGCAUAUGCAAUAAAAUACAUGCAAUACAAAUUUCUACAAAUCAAUGUCUAGCGGUUGUAAUUCCAGUGUAGUACUUGGAUAAACGAUUCUAAAAAGGAACAGACCUAGGACUUAAAUAUUUUGUGUUGGUAUCAUGUGACGUCACUUGCUAUGACGCGGAUGACGUGUAUAGGGAUUUAUACAGUACAAACCAUAGCUUAGUGGAGACUUGUUCAGUUUUUAUACAUUAGAACAACAUGAGUAUUUUAUAUAUUUUUAACAUUGCUAUAAAAAAAGGUGUUGAAAAAACAUCUUAGAAUUUUAUCUAUGUAGGACCGUGACAAGACAUCUCGUAACGCGACAGUUCGUAACGCCGUCAGUUCGUAACGGCGACAAUUCGUAACGGUAUAAUUCGGAAUGUCAAGGUAAUGUAUAUAAUCAUGGUAAUAUAUAUAAUCAAUACCAUUUUACCUUACGGUUAUGGCGGUACGUGGGUUGUUACCCCCGAUGAUGGGGUUGAUUUGUCAAAACACUAUUUAGCAGAUUACAUUUAUUUAGAACACUAAAUACGACAGUAACUAGUUGGUGGACAACGUAUCUGAUCUAACCACGUCGAUGUCUGAAUAAUGAAUAAUCUCUUAUUUACUUUCUUCGUAUCUAUAAAUAAAUCGUAAUUGUUUUGUUAUGAUUGACUACACCUGAAUGUGACCGUGAAAAUACCAAUAGUAACAUAAUUGCUGACUCCGUUGUUUUCCAAACGAGUGGCCUACAUUGCAGAAGCAAUGUCACUCAUUUACGUAAUGUAAACAGUACACGUAAAUAAUAUUUAUUUGAGACUUAAAUUAAAUCGAUAUGGAUUACUCUUAUUUUUUGGAUGCUAAUAUAAAUCCUGUACACGGUGUCGGGUUAAAACACUUAAAGUUACGUUCAUCAAUUAACAUAAUGAUUUUGAAAAUAUUUCAUAUUUUGUGGAGAAAUAUAUUUUGAAAAAAAUAAAAUGUGGGCGUUACGAAUGUGUAUAGUUACGAACUGUCGCUGUUACGGUAGCGUUACAAACUGUCGUGUUACGAGAUGUCAUGGAACCAUGUAGGCCACCUCAUAUUUGUGAUUAGAAAUGAAAGAUAUAUUUAUUUUAAAUCCGCUAGGGAAACAGGAAGAUUGUUUAAUAUAAAAAAUUUUCUUUUUUUUUAUAAACAUAUACGAAUAACAUUUAGAUUAAUUAAAAAACUGUCACUAAUCUAUGUUGUUGAAAUUAAGUAGACAGUAUCUGAAAAAUUUUUAACACAUUGAUUGGUUUUUAUAGAACAAAAAGUUUUUUCUUUGUUCUCAAAAAUGCUUUUACUUUUGUUUGAGUUCUUAGGUAUCUGAUAUUAUGGAAAGUAGCAAUUUGAAUUUUUUUAUCGUACAUAAUGACGUGAUAUAAUAUAUAGUUCUCACUCACGGUAAAAUAUUGCAAAACCUCCAAAUUUUAAAGAACCGCUUGGAUUGACUUGAAAUUCGACAUACACAUAGCUAACAUGUCAAAGAAAAAAACUGAUAUUGUGCCGAUGUGCGAUUUUGCCCUGGGGUGAGAUUCACCCCUCCUCGGGGGUGAAAUGUUGAUUACAAAUGAAUGAAUAAAUAAAUAAAUGAAAUUUGUUGUUCAUUUCCAAAGAAUGUUUGACUAUCCAAAAAAUAAUAAUGGUGAGAUAGUUCAAUAAACUCAUAUUUUAGAUGAAAAAACUUUUUGUAAAAUAACUGUAUGUGAAUAUAACGUUUUAUAUGUAUAAAAUUAUUGUUUAAUAAUAUAAAAUACUGACUACAGUAAUAUAGACUAAGCCAAAAUAUUUAUUUAUUUACAAUAAUCAAUGCUGGAUAUUAAACUGUCAGGUAACAGCUUAUUUAUUGUAUAUUAUUCAUACACUUCUCCAAAAAAUUAACGCACCACCUUAAAAGUGGGUAAUUUUUGAUGUGUCGCAUUUCCUAAACCUACUGUCCGAUUUAACUGAUUUUUUAAUGUGUUAUAGUCUAAUUCUUCAACAAUAUCGCUGUAAUAAUAUUGUUGCUAGACAGGUAAAAUGUCAUUGUAUACCAGGUGUACCAAUCAAACUGGGUCUUUUUUCAAGGUUCACCACACCCUGUGGAAUAUUCUAGCAUUUGUAAAAUGCUGAAAUUAAAACCCAACUACAGCCUCAUGUUUUCUUAACAUUCUCUUUUUUGAUUCAUUCGCUUAUGUUGGAUAAUAAAAAAGUUACGUACUUCAACAACUAGCCUUUUUUUUGAAGUUAUACUUCUUUACCGGCGAUAGAGGGUGAUUUUUUUAUAUGUUAAAACCUAUCAGCCCGGCGCAUGCGUAUUAUAACUUUGUUCUGAUUGGAUGUUCAAAUGGCAUGUCAAAAAUUAUCCGAUAUGGCAGCUGUGGUUUGGAGGUAAAGGUAAACAAAUGUAUAAUAUAUUAGUUUUAUUGUUGUGAGGACAGAAACAAAAAAGUUUAUAAUAUUGUAGUGACUUUUAAAUAGUUUUUAAAAGCAACAGGUACGUAAUAAUUGUUAAUGUAUCAUGGGUAUAAACCUACCUAUUUGAUCUGCCAAAAUACAUAGUAUGUAAUAUUUUUAUUUAUAUAAUUUGAUUACCAUCAAAAUUUCUAUCAAUAUUCACCUAAUAUAUUGUUUUUUUACUCUAUGUUUUGUUGUAUUUUUUCAAUUCUAAAUCAUUUCAAUUCAAAAUUAAAAUAAUUUGAUCAAUUUUCAAAAUAUCACAAGUUUAAUCCGUUUAGUUAGUCGAUCUUCGUAAAUAAUGACACAUAGUGUCCGUGGCUAAGCGGAGAAGGCGAAUGAAUUCCAAUACCAACCGCUCUUAUCAGCGCUGGUUCGAGUCCCAAUAGAAACUUUCUUUUUUGUUUUUUUAAUACAUUUUAUGAUUGUAAGUAUAUUUAUUAUAUAAUUGUAUUUUCAGAAAAUACGUAUUUAGUUAAAAAAAUUUUCGACAAUUAAUGUUCAGACAUCAUUUGUGGCUUGUUUAAUGUGUUUGUGUGUGUUUUAUUCUUUUAUUAUUUUAAUUUUUGGCACUGUUCUAAUAAAAAUGUUUGAGAAGUAGUAAGUAUAAAUUAGUUUAAUAUUUAAACAAAAUAUAAAUAAAAAGUAUAUUAAUUUCGUUUAAAUCAUAUAAUAGAAGUAUAACUUCUUACGUGCGUACAAAGUACACACACAUUCUUUUUCAUCAAUACAGGGUAUUUUUAAAUGAGUAUGGCAAACUUUAAGGGGCAAUUCUGCAUGAAAAAAUAAUGAGAGUUUGCUUUAUAAACGUAAGUCCGCAAAUGCUUCGUUUCCUAGAUAGGAGGUGUUGAAAUUUUUCUUACAAACUGACGAUUUAUUUAUUGCUCCAAAACCGAUUGAGAUAUGCAAAUGAAAUUUGGUGCGUUUUAAGAGGUAGUUAUUGUGCAUUUUUUGACAUACAAUUAAGAAUUUUGUGUUCACCAUUGGUGCACAUAAGGGUCAUAUUACCCCUGUGCGCGCUAAUGGUAAAUAUUAAAUUCCUAAUUAUAUAUCAAAAAAUGCGCAAUAACUACCUCUUAAACCCCACCAAAUUUCACUUGUAUAUCUUAACCGGUUUUAGAGCAAUUUGCGGACAUACGUUUAUAAAGCAAACUGUCAUUAUUUUUUUUAUGCAGAAUUACCUCUUUAAGUUUGCCAUACAUAUUUAAAAACACCCUGUAUUGAUGAAAAACAUGGCUAGUUAUUAAAGUACCUAACUUUUUUAUUAUCCAACAUAAGCGAAUGUAUCAAAAAAGAAUGUGUAUGUACCUUGUACGCACGUAAGAAGUCAUACUUCUAUUAUAUGAUUUCAGCGAAAUAAAAUAUUUUUAACAGUUUAUUUUUAUUUUAUUAAAUAUUAAACUGAAUUUAAUAGUUACUUACCACUUUCCAAAAAUCCAAAAAUUAAAAAAAAAAGACAGCAAUUGUCCGCAUUUGAACCCGGGACCUCUCGAUUCGUAGUCGAAUGCUGUACCAACGAGGCUACGAAGGCAUUGUUUUGACGGUUUCUCGGACAUUAUGACAAACCACGGUAACAAAUUAACGAAGUGAAGUAUUAAAUAAAAAUGUUUUAAUAAUACGUAUUACCUUACUCCCGAGGAAGACAAAUCCAAAGACACAAAAAUUAUAAUAAAUAUAUUUAUGUAGAUAAGGACACACCCUUAAACUUGAUAAAAAUAAUAAACUUAAAGAAAAAACCCAUAACUAAAUUAAAGUUCAUGGUGACGUUUCAAUUAUUACUUUAAUCAUCGUCAGAAUAAUAAGCUUCUUGAGCGGAUGCUUUUAAAUAAUUUUAAAGGAACAAACAUAAUUAAUGAAAACGUAAAAAAUGACAUUGACAAUCAUUGGGUUAAGUUAAUAAUUUCAAACACGCCAUGUCUUGUUGCGUGUUUAAGGGUGGCUUCAAAAGAAAUAUGGAUAAUGCCUCCUUGAUGCUGAGUUCUGUUGGAGAACUUGCAUGACCAAUGAUUGAGAAGUCCUUACGACUAAUAGGGUGGUCAGAAUCAGUCAUAUGUUGGAAUACUGCUGAAUUUGGAACUGUUCUUGAUCGUCUUCCUAAGUGAGGAGUGAUACCUAAGUGUUCGCAACAUCUGACAUUAAAGUGACGUCGAGUCUUCCCGACGUACGUAGCUGCACAGCUACUACAUUUGAAUUGGUAUAUAAUUGGUUUUAUCUUUAAGUUUAUUAUUUUUAUAAAUAUAUUUACUAAAAACACUAAUAUAUUUUUUCCACACCUUUUUUGGACUGAUACAUACAUAACUUAAAAGAUUUAGGAACGAACAACAUACUGUAUCUGUGCGCAUGCGCGCAGAAUAAUAAAAAUUCACUCCGUAUCGCGUCUAAAGAAGUAUAACUUCAAAAAACAGCAUGUUAAGAGAACAUGAGGCUAUAGUUGGAUUUUAAUUUCAGUAUUUUAUGAAUGCUAAAAUAUUCCACAGGGUUACGCGAACUUUGAGAAAAAAAUCUUAGUUUGGUUAGUACAGCCGGUAUACAAUGACAAUUUACCUGUCUAGCAACAAUAUUAUUAGAGCGAUAUCGGAUAACAGGUUUAGGAAAUUUGAGACGUCAAAAAUGACCCAUUUUUCACGUGGUGCGUUAAUUUCUUGGAGUAGUGUAGUAAAGAAGUAUGCUAGAGUAUCAGCAGUUUAUCUGAUAUUUAUAAAUAAGUUCAUAAAAGACACAGGAAUAACUAUACUAAAUUUACAAUCAAGAUGCAGUAGAAAUAAACAAACCAAGACACGUUAAAUGCUACUAGGAGCACUCCCGAAUCAUAAUUUACAAUGUAUCUACAUUUUAAAUCCCAAAUUAUAAUUUCCAAAGUUUAUACAAUGUAAAUUAUGAUUCGGCAGUGCUCACAGUAGCAUUUAACGUGUCUUGGUUUGUUUAUUUCUACUGCAUCUUGAUUGUAAAUUUAGUAUAGUUCUCAAAUUUAUAGCACAGUAAAAGGAUACUAUGUUGGUAAUCUAUGAUACUUUUUGCAAACAUUAAAUCAUAUUUUUGAGUUAGCGGUACUGAAAUUUGUUGCAUUAAUUUUUUACACUAUACAUUGUGAAACCAAGUCAAUUAUUUUUAUGAAGAAUCAACCAAAAAAAUUUAUUUCUGAAUUAAGAACCAAUUUAAAAUAUGACACACAGUUUAUAUACUCCUUCUCAGAGGCAUCUUUCAGUGCGUCACAAGUUACAGAAAAAAGGUAGGUCCGUGAUACACACACAUUUAUCAUAUUUACUCCAGUUGUUGAUAGAUGGCGCUAUAAUCGGAAAAAAGAUUUAGGUAUUUACCCAUUAUUUACCUAUUACAUAUCUACUAUUACGACUAUACGAAUUUAAAGUUGUUCUCAGUCUUUCGGUGUGUCAUUAAUGAUGUAAUAUAUGAUUUUAAGAAUUUAGAGAAUCAUAGCAUGACAAUUAUUUUCAAUGGGAAAUAAGCCACAAUUUUACCAAAAAAAAAAAAAGAUUUUAUUAACGUUUCGACGUUUUAAUAAUAAAAUUUUUUAAUAAAAUCAUUUUUUUGGUAAAAUUGGCUUAUUUCCAAUUGAAAAUAAUUGAUUAUAAAAAUGCCACAAGGAAAUAGUUUCAGAACAACAUAGCAUGACGUUUUAGUUAAAUCUGACAGCUGUCAGAAUCGUAAUCGUAAUUUGGUAUAAAAACAAAUCAAUUGUAUUUAUUGCAUUUAUAAAAUGGUAUUUUCUUUGCUUUGUAUAGUCUUAUAAAUUGUACAGAUUAUAGUCGUAUAGAUAGUACAUAAAUAAUUUUUUGUUCGAUUAUAGCGCCAUCUAUCAGCAACUAGAAUAAAUGUUAUAAAUGACUUUAAUCACGGGCAUACCUUUUUUCUGUCACUUCCAACUUAAUCCGUUAGAAAGAAAUCGAAAAACUGUGACGCACUGAAAGGUGCCUCUGAGAAGGAGCAUACCAAACCCUUCUUUCAGUGCGUCAUAGUUUCUUUCUUUCCUUCCUGUGCAGGCCAUUUUCCUGAUGUAUUUCAUACAUAACCCUAUCCUAUGUACUUUAUCAUUUAUUAAUGAAAAAAUUACGAUCCUAAAGAAAAAACGAGCCAGAUAGCUCAGACAGUAGGAUGUCUGACUUCCACACAGGAGGCCGGGGAUCGAAUCCCAGCGCCGGCGAGAACAUCUGGAAAAUUCUUAAACGUCUACAGGCCCCAGGUCAACUCAGCGUGAAUAAAAUGUACCUUGACAAAUUCAAUAACUCAAAAAUUAUAAUAAAUAUAUUUACUAAAAACCAUAUAUUCUUUCCACACCUUUUUUUGGACUGAUACACACAUAACUUAAAAGAUUUAGCAACGAACUACAUACUGUCUGUGUGCGCAUGCGCGCAGAAUAAUAAAAAUUCACUCCCAAUCGCGCCUAAAGAAGUAUAACUUCAAAAAACAACUGUUUUUCAACAACUUCAACCAGUACUGGAACAAAUUGGCUUUGAUAGGUAUGCAAAAGAAUUAUUUGGGUGUUACCUGUCAUAAUAAUCACAGUGGAUACAUAAUAGAUGAAAAUCGUUCAAUUUUAAGUUAACCUAACCCAAAAUUCGGCCUUUUUGAAGUAUUAUGCGUUGACAAUGGUUCAAAUUUACUUUUAAAAAGUUAAUGCAUUAUUUUUCUGUACCUUAACUUUUCCUCUGCAUCACCAAAUACAUUAUUUUGCUAAUUUUGACUAUAACUCUGUAUAUUAUUUAUAUUUCAUUUUUUUUAGAGAUUUGAGACUUUCUGCCCGAUUGACUGGCAAAAUUAAAGCUUUAAGAACACUAUCUAAUAUUAUCGUUAACAAAACAUGGUAUUUUCCUCAUAGGCAUCUUUCAGUGCGUCACAGUUUUUCGAUUUCUUUCUAACGCAUUAAGUUGGAAGUGACAGAAAAAAGGUACGCCCGUGAUUAAAAUAAUUUAUAACAUUUAUUGUAGUUGUUGAUAGAUGGCGCUAUAAUCGAACAAAAAUUAUUUAUGUAUUAUCUAUACGACUAUAAUCGGUACAAUUUGUAAAACUAUGCAAAUCAAAGAAUUUUUUAAAGAAACCUUUUUAUAAAUGAAAUAAAUACAAUUUAUUUGUUUUUAUACCAAAUUACGAUUACGAUUCUGACAACUGUCAGUUUUAAUUAAAAUGUCAUGCUAUGAUAUGAUUCUCUACAUUAUUAAAAUCAUAUAUUACAUCAUUAAUGAUACACUGAAAGACUGAGAAGAACUUUAAAUUAUAGUCGUAUAGAUAUGUAAAUAGGUAAAUAAUCAGUAAAUCUGUAAACCUAAAACUUUUUUUUUUCAAUUAUAGCGCCAUCUAUCAACAACUGGAAUAACUGUUAUACAUGUGUAUGUAUCACGGACGUGCCUUUUUAUCUGUCACUUGCGUCACACUGAACAAGGACUAAUAGGAAAACCCUUGAAGAAAUGAAAAUAUUGGCACAAGACAGGAAAGAAUGGAAGAGAUGGGUGAAUAAAUAACGUCACCAACUAAACUCAAAUCUGGCACCCGAAAGGGUAAAAGGAAGAGGAGAAAGAAAGAAAGAAAUACUACCCUAAAAAUUACAACUAUUAUUUUACAAGAACUAUUGAAUUAGAGAAUAAGUUUAGUAAAUGAACAACAGGGUUUUCUUACUUGAAGAUCGUGUACAGAUGCAAUAUUCUCCACAAAGUAAAUUACUGAGAAAUCACUAAAGUAUAAUAUACCAGCAUUUCUAUGUCUGACUUGAAGAAAGCAUUUGACAGAGUAAGACUCAUAUAUAAUUUAUCUUCUGCAUAAUAGAGAAGUCCCCCUAGAUUUUAUAAAAACUAUUGAAAACAUCUACCAAAACAAAAAAAUGGACGUCAGAACAGAUGGACAACUUCAAAACCUGUAGAUAUAGGCAGCCGAAUAAAACAGGAAGACUCAUUGAGUCCUAUGCUCUUCAAUUUAAGCAUGGAUGAAAUCAUCAAAUGCGUUAACAAAGGAAGAGGAUUCAGAAUGGGAAUCAAAGAAAUAAAAAUACUCCGUUACGCAGAUGACACAAUAUUGAUAGCCCAAGAUGAAGAUAGUCUGCAAAGAUUACACAGAAAGAAAGAAAUCCACAGAUUUAACAUGAGAGAAAAAGAAUUCAAUAUGAUAAUUUCAUCUCAGAAAACUAAAACAAUAGUAAUCAGUAAAGAACCAAUCAGAUGUAAAAUAUAAAUUGAUGGUGUCAGAUCAGUAUUGGACAAGUAAUGGAAAUAAAAUACCUUGGAAUUACAUUGUCAAGCUACGGAGACCUGGACAAAGAUGUGAGAAAUCAAGUAUAAAAAGCAAAUGGAUUGGCAGGAUGUCUCAAUGAUACUAUAUAUGGCGAAACCGACAUAUUAACGCUGAGAUGUAGUCAACAUUUUUUAAAGCCAGUGUAAGACCAAUAAUGACAUAUGCAUCAGAAACAAGGCCCAAUACUGUCUAAAAUUUUUUACGAUUGGUUUAUGUAUGUUCCCUAAUAUUUGUCUAAAAUUAAAGAAUGGUUUAGUACAUAAUAGUAUAGGUAUAUUGAUUUUACAUAUAAUACCGAUUUGUUGGUCAUUCGGGCACUAAAUCUGUAUAUAAUUUAUUUGUACAUUCCUUUUUAAUUUUAAUAGCUGCAAUUGUGAUUGUCUUUAAUAUAUUUAAGUUUUGAUUAAACCAAA